UGUUCUUCUUCUUCUUCUUCUUCUUCUUCUUCUUCUUCUUCGUCUUCGUUGACACCCACCCCCACCAUCUCCCAUCCUUCCCAUAGCUGUGGGUCCCACCUUUGGCCCCACCAUUGUGGGGCCUAAGCGCAGGGAAAGGGCAAGGAGAAGCGAGAGGGAUUCAUAAAGCUUUGAUCUUUGGAUCAUUUAUUGAUUGUUGUUUCACCGUCUGGGGACUCAGAAGAAGCAGAAGAAGAAUUAACAACAACAACAGCAGCAGCAGCAACAAGUGUUUGAAGAUGGGAAAAAGGACUAAGUUGUUGACUGCUGUGAAGAAGGUCUUCAGCUCUAAAUCACAAGAAGAGCAGAACAACAAGAAACGAAGAAAAUGGAAGGCAUGCUGCAGCAAAGGUUUCGAUGAAUCUUCUGUCAGUGAUGAUCCAGCUGUUCCUCCUCCUCCUCCAAUUCCUGCCCAGGAUGUUAAACUACCAAUCAAUGGACAAGAUCAGAGUCAGCAUGCCCGCUCUGUUGCACUUGCGAGUGCUGUUGCGGCUGAGGCUGCUGCCGUUGCUGCUCAGGCAGCUGCGGAGGUUGUUCGCCUCACCAAUUCAGCGAAGUUCUCUGAUCCAUCGAAGGAGGGCCUUGCCGCAAUUAAGAUCCAAACUGCCUUUCGAGGACAUUUGGCGCGAAGAGCGUUGCAGUCAUUAAGAGGACUAGUUAGGCUGAAGUCAUUGAUUGAAGGGGAUAAUUUCAAGCGUCAAACCACCAAUACCAUACAUUGUACGCAGAAAAUGGCACGAAUUCAAUCAGAAAUUCAUAUUAGACGAAAGCAGAUGUUGGAGCAAAAACAGGCUUCGCAGAAGUUACUGCAGAUAAAACGUGAAAAAGAACUCGAGAAAUUAAGGUUGGGCGAGGAAUGGGAUGUCAGUACGCAAUCGAAAGAGAAACUCGAAGCUGAUUUGGUGAGUAAGCAAGAAGCUGCUAUAAGACGAGAGAGAGCAAUGGCUUAUGCAUUUUCUCAUCAGUGGAAGACAGGAUCGAGAGUGGUAAAAUCAACAUUUGCAGACCCGAGUAAUCCCAACUGGGGAUGGAGCUGGACGGAACGAUGGAUGGCAGCAAGGCCAUGGGAGAGUCGGAAUGUAACAGAUAAGGAAGUAGGCAGUGAGACUGCUUCGACCAAAAGUGCAGUCCGUCCUCUCGAUCGCCACUCACCUUCUACUCCCGCAUCGAAGGCAUCAUCAACUGUGGGCAGGAAAACAAAGCCAGCAAGCCCAAGAGGCGGCUGGAAAACUCCCGAUGAUGAUUCACGGAGUGUGCUCAGCAUGAACUCAGAGCGACACAGACGAUACUGCUUGACAGCGUCGUCUGCAAGGGACGAUGAGAGCCUUGCAAGUUCUUCAUCAGUGCGAAGUUACAUGGCAUCCACAGAGUCAACAAAGGCAAGGUCUCGGCUUCAGAGCCCAUUGGUCAAGCGUGCAGAAUCUCCGAAUAAGUCCCCGGCAUCAGCAAAGAAGCGACUAUCUUUCACCGCUGCAGAAAAAGUUAGCAUAUCACCUUCACAGCCACGGCGACACUCCGGGCCUCCUAAGAUAGACGUCAACACUUUGAAAAAGGAUUUGCCUACUCACCCACAAGCAUGAUACAAGCAAAUGCAGCGGCUAGUCGGAAUUUUUCUUUUGUUUUUGUGCACUGAGCUUUUGUUUGCUUUAUUCACAGCAGUUAACUUGUUUGUAUGAAGGUUUGAGUUUGAGUGCCAUGAUUUAGUACCUCAA